AUGCCGCUGGUCAAGAGGAACAUCGAGCCGCGCCACCUGUGCCGCGGGGAGCUCCCCGAGGGCAUCGGCAGCGAGCUGGAGUGCGUGAUGAACAACACGCUCUCCGCCAUCAUCCGACAGCUCAGCAGCCUGAGCAAACAUGCGGAGGAUAUAUUUGGCGAGCUGUUCAACGAGGCCAAUACCUUCUACCUGCGCGCCAACUCUCUCCAGGACCGCAUCGACCGGCUGGCCGUCAAGGUCACGCAGCUGGACUCCACCGUGGAGGAAGUUUCCCUGCAAGACAUCAACAUGCGCAAAGCCUUCAAGAGCUCCACUACUCAAGACCAGCAGGUGGUGUCCAAGAGCAGCGUGCCCAACCCGGUGAAGGAGAUGUACCAUUUGAGUGACAAGCCUCCACCACUCAGCAUCCUCUCCUCCUACAGGGAUGACAAGAAGGAAGCGCUCAAGUUCUACACCGACCCCUCCUACUUCUUUGACCUGUGGAAAGAGAAGAUGCUCCAGGACACUGAAGACAAGAGGAAAGAGAAACGGAAGCAGAAGGAACAAAAGCGCUGCGUGGACGGAACAUUGCAGAGGGAGGUGAAGAAGGUCCGCAAGGCGAGGAACCGCCGGCAGGAGUGGAACAUGAUGGCGCUGGACAAAGAGCUGAGGCCAGACCACCGUCACACCAUACACAGAGACAGAGGCGCCUCCUCCGAAGGCUCCAUGUCUCCAGAGAACAGGGCUCACGGGAUGGACCUGCACCACUAUCCUAACGCCAUGAACCACGCCGGCCACGCCCACACCUACUCGGGCCCGCCGCCCAGCAUGCUGGCCGCCCAGAUGGCGGCGGGCCACGGCCCGCGCGCAGGAGGCGACCACGACGGCAGGGGCGGCAGGGGCAGGGCGGCUUAUCAGGGCGGCACGCUCGGCCGCGCCCACCAGCAUCAACAGCACGUCCCGCUGCCUCCUCCGCCCGCCGAGGCCAUGAACGGCGGCUCCGUUUCCUUGCCUCCUAUGGACUACAGCCUGGAUGGUUACGCCAACACGGGGCCUCCACCCCCGCCCCCGGCUCCUCUCAUCCCCUCCGCCCUGACGGCCUUCGCCUCGCCGCCCGGAGGGCCCAUGUCUCCCGGGGGCUACGCGCUGCCUCCUCCGCCCGUAUGCGGCGGAGCGGCCGCCCCGCCGCCUCCUGGGCCUCCGCCACCACUUCUCCAAGCAGGUGCCUCCCACGCUAUGGCGCACAACAUGUCGUCGCCCGUGCCCGUGGAGAGCAACGUGGUCAACGAUGCUCGCAGUGACCUCUUGGCGGCCAUUCGUAUGGGCAUCCAGUUGAAGAAGGUCCAAGAGCAGCAAGAGCAGCAGGCCAAGCGGGAGCCCGUGGGCAACGACGUGGCCACCAUCCUGUCACGCCGCAUCGCGGUGGAAUACUCGGACUCCGAGGACGACUCUGAGCUGGAGGACAACGACUGGUCCGAUUGAAGCACACACACACAUACACAAGCAAGCACUGUAAUCACAUGCUGUAUAAGCUGAAGGGUCCACAAGCUGUAAGAAGCACUGUAAAGAAGUCCAUAUUCUGUAACCUUGACCACUUCCCGCAACUUUAACGUCUUGCUGGAUGCUUUUCAAGCACCGUGAGGGACCCCCCCCCCCCCUCCUUCCCCCCAGUGUGCCUGUUGUAAUGCUGCACUCACACGUCUCGUAUCAUUUGAUGUAUAUGCCACUUGUGUUAGAUUCAGCUAAAGACUUUCCUCCUGAGCUAACCCCUUCCUUUUUUUUUACUCAACAUGCUAUAGAUCCCCAGCUACAGCAGGGUUGGGCAACCUGUGGCGACAAUGUGUUAAUUCUGAUCUGGAGCGAGGAUUUGAACGAAAUGGAGAGUGUCAGGAGUGGAGUUAAUGCAUCUGUACAGUUUGACCAGUAGAGGGCGCCUAUGAAUCUCAUAGGACACUUGCUUCUACUCUGACCUUGUUGAGGUGAGUUAGUACAAUUCCCUGUCUUUUGGAAAAUCACCAAACUUUGCCCACAACUCGCACUCCUUUAGUGCUUCAUUUUGACCCUAAAUUUGCUACUUCAAACCAAAAUGACAGACCUUCAUGUCUUUUUAAAAAUUGCUGCUUUAGACUUUUUUUAUGUGUCUGCUCGUGAUAGAGAUGUUGACCAAACUUUAAGUUUCUAAGUGAAACUGUCUUCAGUGGGCUAAAGGUUUAAAAGUGAAAACCAGAUGCUUAUAAAAUAAUCAACUCCGCUGGCAUGCCCCACCCAGACGCAAUGACGACAACUCAAAUGACUCCCAAUCUAGAGUGCCUGUUUGUCGCAAUUGUGUCAUUGAAAUGGCAUGGCAAUUGAACAAAAUCUCUUGUAAUUAGCCUCAAUUCAAACCAAAUUGGCAGACUUUGUGUUUUUUUCAAGAAUAUUUUCAUGAGCCUUUUUUGACUCAAAAUAGACAAGUCCACCAAAUCUAGUUAAAUCAAACCAUUUCUAAAUGCAUACUAUAGCCCAAUAGGAAUAGUUAAGCCUCAAAGGACCCCUGGAAAUGUCCAGAAUGACUCUAAAAUGGCCGCAUGCAUGGAUACAUUUCGUUUACUGAAGAAGAAGAAAAAAAGGUUGCCCAGCCCUGCGGUGAACAGCGAGGAAGUAGAUGUGAUCAAAAUAAUUGACAGUCGAAGCUGCGUCAUUUAUACGGUCUAGUGUGAGCUUUGUAAAACCAGAGACUAAUAAUAAAUAAAUAAAUAAAACCAAAACAUGAAUGAAG